GCCCCUCAUCGCAGAGGGAACCACCUCAUGCAUACAACCUUGAAAUGACCUGAGGCGUUCACAUAAACCAGAGCUGAGCUGAAGCUGAUCCACCUGUUCCGUCAUCAUCAGCGGAACAGAAAAAAAAAUGAGUCGAAACACUGCCUUUGCUGUGUAACCACGGCAACUCCUCCCUCAAAGUGCAACAUCACCAAAGCCCCCACCGCGUGAACCCAGCGGGGUAGGAUACGCUGUCUGCCUCUCUUACCUGGCUUUAUUAAUAAAGCACCCGGGUCACGUGGUAAGCACAUUAUUCUGCUACAUUAGCAAGGUAUUUUCGACGGGGGGAUUUUUUUUUCCUCCUCUCAUCGGUGAUGGGAGGAAUGCUGCUGCUGCUGCUGCUGCUGUGAGGGAGAGAGGUGAGCGUAGUUGGAAAAGCAUCCCCCCCUCCCACCACCCUGCCACCACCAACACCACCACCACCCCUCCCUCCAAAGCUCCUCCUCUGUCGUCGGAAAGCGGACACCGGUCACAUUUGCUCAAUGAGAGCGAGAGGGCACCGGAGAGGAUUUCCUAAUUUCAACCUGCUGCUGUGCCGUGCGGCUGUUUUCUCGCCUCUGGAAAAGCAGAGGCUAAUAUGAAGACAUCAUUUGGCAAACCAGACCCUGGGAAGCACCUACAAUCUCAUCAACUCAUUUGAAACCAAAGACAACACCAUGCACUGUCUCCGGUAAUAACCCGCUCCCCACUCUCCCCUCUUCCUACCAAGCCUUUGAGAGAGAGGACUCGAUGCGCUGCACAGACAUGGCUUCGGAUCAGCCCUGCAUGGAUUCGCUAGAGCAGAGAAGGCCCAUUUUGGGUGCUGCCUGUAAGCGGCAGGCCCACCGGUGUCUGCGGAAAAAGCUGAGGCCAGUACGAAUCUUAGGGUUCGUCUUCAGCCUGGUGGCCAUAAGUGCUGUCUCCCUCAGUGCCUUGACCUGGAGCUCAGGGGGUCAAAGUGAGGAGAGGCUCCGAGAGUCGGUUCCCCACAGGACUCUACUUUUCACUCAACCCCAGACAGACCCCAAUGCAUCAGCCGACAUGCCAAUAGCCAUGAAAUCUACAGCAGAUAGCAAUGAGAGCCAGGGGUCGUACCCUCGAGACCUUUUCACCCUUGCAGAGAGGCGCCAAGGAGCGGUGGCCCUUCACAUGUUUGGCAUGAUCUACAUGUUCAUCGCCUUAGCCAUUGUGUGUGACGAGUUCUUCGUCCCAGCUCUUACUGUCAUCACAGAGAAGCUGAGCAUUUCAGACGACGUAGCAGGCGCCACUUUCAUGGCGGCUGGUGGUUCAGCCCCUGAACUCUUCACCUCCAUCAUUGGAGUCUUCAUCUCGCACAGCAACGUGGGUAUCGGGACCAUUGUCGGCUCUGCCGUUUUCAACAUUCUCUUCGUGAUCGGGAUGUGUGCCAUCUUCUCUAAGGAGAUCCUCAACCUGACGUGGUGGCCACUCUUCCGCGACGUCUCCUUCUAUAUCCUGGAUCUAAUUUUGCUUAUCAUCUUCUUCCUGGAUAACGUCAUCUCUAUUUGGGAAAGUAUCUCACUGCUCUCAUGCUACGCCGCCUACGUGAUCUUCAUGAAGUUCAACAGCACCAUGGAGCGCUUCUUCAAAGAUUGCAUGAACAAGAACCAAGUGGUAGAAGUUGAAGUACAGCCCAAGGAUGAGAAGGCGAGUCCUGUGUCGCCGGAGGAUGACGGCAAGUUGUCGGCCAGGCCUCGGCUUCAGAGGGGGGGUAGCUCCGCCUCCCUGCACAACAGCUUGAUGAGGAACAGCAUUUUCCAGCUGAUGAUUCACACAUUGGAUCCGUUAAGUGAAGGUAAAUUCCGAGAGAAGGCAUCCAUCCUUCACAAGAUCGCCAAGAAGAAAUGUCAAGUGGAGGACAGCGAGAAGGCCAACGGUGUGGCUAGUCGUUCAGAUAAGAACCUCCCAAACAGCUCCAGCGUGGAAGUGGAAGUGACACCACCCAUGAAUGGAACAGCGGGGCAAGAGGGGGAAACGGCAGAGGAUGAAGAGGAGGAGGACCAGCCUCUGAGCCUGUCCUGGCCCGAGUCCGCCCGCAAGCGUUUCACCUACCUCUUAAUCAUGCCGAUCGUCCUCCCUUUGUGGCUAACAUUACCUGACGUCAGGAAACAGUCUGCAAAGAAGUUCUUCCCCAUCACCUUCCUAGGUUCCAUCACCUGGAUUGCAGUCUUCUCCUACCUAAUGGUGUGGUGGGCUCACCAGGUUGGAGAGACCAUCGGGAUUACAGAGGAGAUUAUGGGCCUGACUAUAUUAGCAGCUGGAACCUCCAUCCCUGACCUCAUCACCAGUGUUAUCGUGGCACGCAAAGGUCUGGGGGAUAUGGCAGUAUCCAGCUCUGUCGGCUCCAACAUCUUUGACAUCACUGUCGGACUGCCGUUUCCCUGGCUCCUCUGGUCCUUCUUCAGUGGCAUGAAGCCAGUGCAGGUCAGCUCCAAUGGCCUCUUUUGUGCCAUCGUGCUCCUCUUCCUCAUGCUCCUCUUCGUCAUCAUCUCCAUCGCCGCCUGCAAGUGGCGCAUGAGCAAGCUGCUCGGCUUCAUCAUGUUCAUGCUGUACUUCGUCUUCCUGGUGGUCAGUGUCAUGCUGGAGGACAAAGUCAUCACUUGUCCCGUGUCUGUGUGAGGACCUCCGAGGACCCGCUUCCUCUUCCUCGUCACUACCACAAACAACCACCAACACAACCAUCCUUCUUGUCUGCCAUCGCUCUCACCUGACCCACGUGAUCCUUUACCCCAGGAGUAAGAGAAGACCACGCAUGGCCGGAGGAGAGAAUUACAUAAAGAAUACGGAAUCUACCUUUAUUUUCAGUUAGCAGGUGGUGGCGGGGAGGGAUGAAACCAACAAGAGCGCAAGACUUUGGCUUGGCUAGUUUAGCUUAGGCCCAACCUGAGUGGAUUUCUAUUUAUUAAUAUUAUUGUUAUUUGAUUGGCAGGUGAGGGGGGUUGUGGGUGUACCAGCCAUAUAUAGAAGCAUUAUGCAUGCCAAUAGUGUCACUAGAUGAGCUGGAAUCAAGACUACACCUGAUGGGUUGAGGAGGAUUACCUCCUGUGAACUUUGGGGGAAAAACAAGAGAUGCACUGUCUGAAACUCUUCAUAAGAAAUGCAGUGGCUGAGCUGAGAUUUGAGCAUAUGUGAACACAGACUGAGACUGUCGCCAGUAGAGUGAUCAAGAAUAGUUGGUGAGGAAAUAGCAGACUGUGUGGAUGAAGAUUUGCUCCAUAUGUGUUUCCUUUCUAAUGGUAUCGAGCAAAGAGACUCCUUUGGCUUUGCACCUAAGCGGCAAUGGACAAAAACACUCAUUUUGCUGGGCAGACAAACUUCUUUGUUAUUUCAUUUUUGCAAAUUCAUCAUGUGCUCGGUCUGAAUGACGAGUUCAAGCUCCCUUUCCACCCUGCCGGAUGUUUUUCACCGCUGAAUGUCUCUUCAGAGGAUUCUUCUCUUUUUAAUUUUUGGAUUCCUUUUCAUGAUAUACGUAGAAGUAGCAGUAGAAGUACUGUAGCAGGAUUAGUUCACAUAGUCAUCUCUACAAUCUGCUUCUGUUUUCUUUCACCUCUUAACGCAUCCUGAUUGUGCAGAACUUUUCAUGCUUCACACGCACCGAAUGACAAAGCCAAGAAAAAAAACCUAACUGAAGUUUAGCCUCUAAAAAUAUAUGCUAGCCUUGAGUAUCCUUCACUGGUUUGAAAAAACAGCAUGAGUACUUUAGGCUCAUUGAAGUUCCUUAUUGAAGUCAAUGUCAGAAUAAUACAUUUGAGAAAAAACAUAAAACAGUGUUUAAGCGUCAUGGUUGAUUUAGAUUAGUCAAUGUGUAGUGCUUUGUUCACUGUAGAACUGGGCUCAACUCACCGGCUAGUCAAGCUCCUGGUUAGUAGUUUUAAGGAGUCAACUGCAUGUAAAAAUAGACACUUGGAGGUGAAUAAUACCAACCAUUAUUUAAGAAGUUGUAAACCAAAAUGUACACGUUCUCCAACAUGUUUCAUAACUUCUUAACGCAAACCACUGCAAAGUCUCUAUGUAGAAAAUGUCAACAUGUAUGGUCAAUGAUAUCUAUCAAACUUGUGCAAUUUCUUUUCUAAUCAAAGGUGCUUUUGUGUGCAUGUGUGCGGUCUGCAUUUGAAGUCAUCACACAAUAACCAUCCCUUAUAUUUAUCUAUGAAUAGAGGAAAAUACUACCAGUAUUUUGCAACUAACUGCAAAAAAAUAUACACCAAUCUGUGUUUUAUACUGGAAAUAUAAAACCUGAACACAAUCUCUCUUUAAGCUACAUAGAAUGUGGAAAUCACAGAUUUAACAGCAAUAUACCGUGUGUGUGUGUGUGUGUGUGUGUGUGUGUGUGUGUGUGUGUGUGUGUGUGUAUGUGUGUAUGUGUGUGUGCGUGUCGUCUUUGCGUCGUCCCCUUGUCCUGACGUGGUCCGAAACCCCCACAAGAAAAGGUGGGGGGGGGGCCAUUUCUCCGCAGCCCCUUCUUGUUAGAGCUGGCCAGAAACACCCGCUUUACCUCAACACAGCCUCUGUACAGCAGCUUAGUAGAACUGUAAAAUAAUAGUAUAUAGAUUCUCUGAAUGUGUGAGGAAAAAUGCAUGUGAGGAAUCUGGGCUGGUUACCCACGGACUGUACAGCUGAGCUUAGACCAACUAUGUAUGUUCACUCUUAUGCAUCCAUUCAGAAGGAAACACCAAGAACACAUUGGUUUUACUUUGUAAAUAUGAAACACCUGUUUUAUUUUUAUUUUUUUUGCAAGAACUAAUGUUUCACACGUGUAUUUUAUUCACUUAAAAUAUUUCCUUUUUUGUAAGGAUGGAUGGAAAGCUCAGUAAUAUUAUGGUGGUCCUAAUGUAUCAUAGUAUUAUUGAGCAAAAACACACAAGAGCGCUCAUUUAGACUACCUUACAUCUUUAUGGCAUACAUUACACUGUAUUUUACGACUACUUAACAUCUCGUUAGCACAUUACUGUAUACAUGCCUGUGAGGUUGUGGUACAAAAAAGAGGACUUUAAAGACCAAAUCUCUUAACAACAGCUGGAGUUAUCCAUGCUACAAUGUUUUCUGACAAAUGGCAGAGGCUUCACAGAAAAAAAAGAAAUCGUGUCAACCAACUUCAUGUUACUCAUAGGUGUUGUGCUUCUGUACAGUAUAUUUCCACAUGCCAGAUUCAAAGAGUUAACUCAAGGCCUCUAUGAUGACUCAUGUACUUUGUCAAACUCUCUUGUGCACAUUCCCCAUUAAAAUCACUCUCACUUUCA